AUGUAUUACAUCGCAGGCGUCUCGGCUGUGCCGUCGGCACAGCCAACGCAGCGUCGCCGGCAGCGCUGCACGCCCGCGUCUGAUGCCGCAUCGGCGCCCUGGGGCGACCUGGGGCGCCGCGGGUUCCUGAGCGGCUCAUAUAUCAGCAAAGGCGGCAGCAGCAGCAGCGGCAGCAGUGGCGGUGCGUCAGAGGGCAUCGGCAGCGUGAUCACAGCUGCCUUGCGGGGCCUUGGCGGGGGCGGCAGCAGCGGGGCCCUCGCAGCCGCCGUCAACGGCGCGGGCGCGGCUGACGCUGGGCUGCUGGCAGAGGGCUUGGAGCACGGCCAGGCGGCGUGGGCGGCGCGCAUGCGGUUCCGGCGGCAAGAGCCGACGUUCCAGGUGAUCGAGUGCUUCCCCAACGGGGUGGCGCGGGAGUCGCGGCGGCCCCGCACCGCGUCGCAGCUGGAGCUGCACCCGCGUGAUGUGGUGCUCUUCGCGCCGAUAUCGCGCCUCGCGGCGCCGCAGCGCGCCACCAUCGCGGUCAGGGAGGACAAGAUCCUGUUCAAGACGGAGGUGGCCCAGGCCAUCAUCAGCGCUGACAAGGCUGUGCUAAUCAUAGGCCGGCGGGACAGGGACGCCAAGCAGCUGGCGGCAGAGAUCAUCAAGGUCAUGGGCCGGGCCGAAGCCCCCACAAAUGGCGGCGACGUGGACUUUCCGGGGCCAUCGGAUGCCCCCGGGGCGCUCCCGUUUGAGCUGCGGGUCCUGGAGGUGCUGCUCGACGCCACAGUGGAGUAUUUCUACACCAAGACCCAGCAUCUCAAUUGGAUGAUGGAGUCCAUAGGGGACGAGAUCAAGCAGCCCCGCAGGCCCUUCAACGCCACGGACAAGGCCCACCAGCUGAUCCCUAUUCAGAAGUUCCUCACCUCCAUCAAGAACGACGUCAGGGAGACCUGCGAGGCCCUCGUCGCGAUGAGUGAGGACGAGGAGCACCUGCAGGAGCUGUGCCUCACAUGGCAGCGCCAGCUGCAGCAGGCCAUCUGGGCGCAGCAGCCGGCGGCCGCGCCGCAGGUCCAGUACAGCGCCUGCCCAGAGACAGGCGUCCUCAAGCCGGCCCCCACGGCGUCAUUCCUGAACGAGGUUUACGAGGCCAACCACCCGCCCGGCACCGGCGCCGUCACCGCGCACACCAAGAAGCACUCGGCCAGCGGCGGCAGCGGGCACGGGCGCCACGGCGGGCACGGCGGGCACGACAGGCACGGCGGCGGCGGGCAUGGCCACGGGGCGCCGCAUAGCCAGAUGAGCUCUGCGUACCUCCGAACGGUGAGCGACAUGCUGGAGUCUUAUGAGAGGGAGAUUAGGUCACUGGAGGGCAGCCUGCUGGAGGCCGAGGAGAACCUCGACAACACCAGGGAGGUGUGGCACAUGCAGCUGGACAGCAGUCGCAACCACAUCAUCCUGGUCAACCUGUGGCUGUCCAUGAUCAACAUAUCAGUCAUGGCCACCACCAUACUGCCGGCGUUCUUCGGGAUGAACCUGCACAGCGGGCUGCCGGAGGAGAGCAUGAAGCACUUCUACAUGGUGGUGGCGGCCAGCAUUGUGAUCGCGACACUGUCGUACCCCCUGGGACGCUGGAUCUACUUCAGGCACUGGCGCAAGAUGACUCAGCACGAGCUGUUCGAGCAGAAGAUGCUCAGGGUCCUGCUGGUGCAGCACAUUGACGACCUGGAUGACAUCAUCGACGCCCUCCGCAAGGUUGACGGCCCGAUCGACCGCCGGCGCUUCCGCGAUGUCGUCACCAGCACCCUGGGCAACCGUGCCAUCACAGCAGCAAAUGUCAACUUCCUAUUUGACAUAUUCGACGCGUGA